ACCUGUCUGCAAAUAGAUUGAGCCAUUCAAUACCAAAUCAUCUUGGGAAUCUCGUGAAGCUAAACUACUUAAAUUUGAGCAAUAAUCAAAUUGGACAAGAAAUACCAGUUCAGUUAUUGAAGUUAUUUCACCUUUCCGAACUAGACCUGAGUCAUAACUUGCUUGUUGGCCAUAUACCGUCAGGCAUAAACUCUUUGGAUAGCUUAGAGAAGCUUAAUCUCUCCCGCAACAAUCUGUCAGGCAGCAUUCCAGACAGCUUCAAGAAUAUGCGUGGCUUGUCCUACGUAGACAUAUCCUACAAUGAGUUGGAAGGUCCUAUACCGGACAGUAGAGCAUUUCGAGAUGCUGGCUUUGAAGCAUUGCAGGGAAACAAAGGAUUGUGUGGUAAUGUCCAAGGACUGGAACCGUGCAAACCUUCAGUGAAACAGAAGGACAACACGAAGAAGAACAGAAAAGUCAUGUUCUCAAUCAUAUUCUUCCCUCUUUUAGGAGUACUUUUACUUCUACUUGCUCUCAGCGGAAUUUUCUUCAUCAGAGGCAAAAGAAAAAAAGAUCCCCAAGUUGAAAAAGGUAACCUGCCUAGUAAAAAUGUAUUUUCGAUAUCAACUUUUGAUGGAAAGACUAUGUACGAAGAAAUCAUCAGAGCAACAGAGGAUUUUCAUGCCUCAUAUUGCAUUGGAAAGGGCGGAUUUGGAAGCGUCUACAAAGUGGAGUUGCCGUCAGCUGACAUUGUAGCCGUGAAGAAACUCCAUUCGCUGUCUGAUAGCCAGUAUACAUCCCAAAAGGAGUUCUUGAACGAGAUAAAGGUGUUACUGGAGAUAAGGCAUCGAAACAUUGUGAAACUUCAUGGGUUCUGCUCGAGUGCUCGAUACUCAUUUCUAUUCUAUGAGUACCUUGAAAGGGGCAGCUUGGCCUCAGUCCUGAGCAAAGAAGUUACGGCUAAAGAAUUGGAUUGGAAUAAGAGAGUGGACAUUGUUAAAUGCGUUUCCCACGCCCACUCUUACAUGCACCACGAUAGCUUUCCACCGAUUGUCCAUCGAGACAUUUCAAGCAGCAAUAUUUUGCUGGAUACCAACUAUGUGGCUCAUAUCUCAGACUUUGGCACCGCUAAGAUUCUUAAACCGGAUUCAUCUAAUUGCACUGCAUUUGCUGGCACAUAUGGAUAUGUUGCACCAGAGCUUGCUUUCACAACAAAGAUAACAGAGAAGUGUGAUGUGUAUAGCUUUGGAGUAAUAGUCCUGGAAGUGAUAAAAGGAGAGCAUCCCGGUGACAUCAUUACCACUCUAUCCUCCACUUGGACUGAGGAGAACAUGUUAACAGAAGAUGUUUUGGACCAACGCCUUCCACCUCCUUCACGUAAUGUUGUGCAUGAACUGAGAAAUAUGGUGGAAAUAGCAAUUCAAUGCUUGAAUGCUGAUUCACAAUCUAGGCCAACAAUGGGUAUGAUUUCCAAGCUAUUUUUGUCCUCAUCAAUACGUAAAAGAAAGAGAUUAUAUCAGUCAUGAACAUUUCUUAUUACUGGGUGUCGCUUGUUAUAAGUUGUUUCGGCUUUUAGGGCGGCCCUUCCCUGCGUUAUGGUGGCUGGUUGAAUUAGUUCUGCAUUGCAAUAAUUAUGUUUGUCUUGGUUUAUGUCGUUCUUGUUCUUGGUCAGAGUUACGGUUUAACAAUAAUGUGUGUGGUUGUAAGUCGUCGGGACUCUUCAAAAAGGCUUAAUAGCUUAACAACCUAAUGUUUCUGUAAUGAUGUUGGAAUGGAGUAAUACAACAGAUUGAAUGGUGGAACCAA